AUGGCCAUGAAGAGGCUCCAGGCAAAGAAGAGGGCCCAGGCAAAGAGGAAUUCCCAGUCAAAUGGGGUCCCAGCCAAACAGGAGAUGCCGGCCAAAGAAGAGGUCUCAGCCAAACAGGAGGUCCCAGCCAUAGGGAAUGAUCCAGCUAGAGGGCAGGUUCAAGACACAAAGAACCGAUGGACAAAAUAUCAAAUUGGAACUGAGUUCAUCGCCAAAAUGGAACCUCUCAGCUACCCAGUUACCCGUGACCUCGAACAUGAGGCGAGCGGCCUCGAUACUCCCAUCCGACGAAAAUUCCUUUUCAAUUGGAUCGGUUGGACGUGGCUCCCAGUCGUGAACCCUGACUUCCGAUUCGAUAACAUCGAUAUCAUUGCCCAUGCCAGCACUUUGGGACAUUGUUCCCUCUACUUUGACAACAACACUCCCGCGAACGCCAAGCAGUUGGGGUUUAUGAGGUUUCAACUUUGGGGAAAGACGCUUUUUAUAUACAACUACGAAGAAAUCAGAGGCGGGUGCAUAAACGGCCUUCAUAAUGCCGUACGGUCUGCAAUCACAUCAGAAGAUUGGAGGCGCUCAUAUCGCGCAGUGAGAUACAACUUCGGUGGCCUCAAAUGCAUAGUCCUUUUUGACUACGAAGUACUAUGCGCCGACCCGUCUGCUGCCACUACUACCGACGAAGGGAAUAGUGCACUCAAGAACGCUCAGAAAGGCAAGGCUAAAUCUGAGCCAGACAACAUCACUGAGGAUUCUGGUGUUGGAUAUCCAGCCACUAUCAUGAUGCACAUAUAUGGUGAUGAAGUUGACAAGUGUGCCGUUCUCACAGACAAAGUGCCCUUUGGCUGGUUCUCGAGACUCGAAUACUAUGUCUGCGCGGCCUAUCGCUCGAACUCUAACUCCACCUGGCUCCGUGGCAUUGAAUUCGACUCAGUAGAUACCCACUGUGAGACGUUUGAGAGCGUACGGAGAGGUGAAUGGGAUUACAUUCAUAAAUUCGCUGGUAUUGUCCGUUGGUUGAGGGAAUCGAUGAUAAAACGGUCAUCCACCAACCUCUGUUCAGUUGAAACUCUCGAAUCAGAAGAAGGUAUCUCGCUGCGUCUUUUGGACGAGGAUCCUCAAGAAAAGUUUUUGAUCUCCGUAUAUGGGGAGUUCUGGGAUGCCCAGAUUGAAAGCCUCACGAAGGGGAAGAUCACAUGUUCAUGUCAGAGAAAACAUUGA